UUUAUGACGCGAGGGGGCGUGUUUAUGUUCAUUCCAACAUGGCGGCUCCCGUGUCGGUGGUGGAAGAUGCAGAAGAUUAUUCGUUUCUUCCUCUUAUACACGACAUCAUUAAAUGCAUGGACAAAGACAACCAGGACGUGCACCAGGAGCUGAACAAGCUGCGGACGCGGAUUCAGGACACACGGGAGCAGAUCGUGGCCAUGCCGGGCAUCGACCUGAGCGCUGACGUGCAGCAGCAGAAACUCCACACCCUCAGAGAACAAGUGCGAACCAAGAACCAGCUGCUGCAGAAGUACAAGGGCUUGUGUAUGUUCGACAUCCCGAAAGCCUCCUGACACUGACACACACACACACACACACACACACACACACACACACACACACACACACCACCUUCAAGAACUUCUGGACUAUAAACAGAGGGGUGGAGAUCCUGCUCUGAACCUGUUCUUUUACUUCCCAUAAAAUCACUUGACUUUUUAUUUUGAUUAUUUAAUAAAGUGUCUGUUUCAUGUCA